CACACACACAAACGACAACUUCCUUUCAGAAAAAUACCUAAAUUUCCCUAAAUCGUAAGAAACAAAACCCCCUAAAUUCCAAGCAAGAGUAAGAAUGGGUUACAAAGUCGCGACAGCGUCGCAGUAUCUUGCGAUCACCGGUGGUGGGAUCAAAGACAUCAAGCUCGCGAAGAAGGCUUGGGUGUAUCCAUGGCAGUCUUGCACCGUCUUCGACGUUUCCCCGGUGAACUACACCUUCGAGGUUCAGGCUAUGAGUUCCGAGAAACUCCCCUUCGUUAUCCCUGCCGUUUUCACCAUCGGUCCGCGCGUUGAUGACCCUCACGCUCUCUUGUUGUACGCCAUGCUUAUGUCUCAACACGACAAGCGCUCCAACCAUGUCAAUGAGCUUGUUCAGGGUGUUAUCGAAGGAGAGACUCGUGUUCUCGUUGCCUCCAUGACCAUGGAAGAGGUCUUCAAAGGAACAAAGGAGUUCAAGAAGGAAGUCUUUGACAAGGUUCAGCUUGAGCUAAACCAGUUUGGUCUAGUGAUUUACAACGCCAAUGUGAAGCAGCUCGUUGAUGUGCCUGGACAUGAGUACUUCUCUUACUUGGGUCAGAAAACCCAGAUGGAAGCAGCCAACCAAGCCAAGAUCGAUGUCGCAGAGGCCAAGAUGAAGGGAGAGGUUGGUGCCAAGGAACGGACCGGGCUCACGAUCCAGAACGCAGCUAAGAUUGAUGCCGAGUCAAAGAUCAUCUCCACUCAGAGGCUAGGAGAAGGGACAAAGGAAGAGAUCAAGGUGAGGACCGAAGUCCAAGUGUUUCAGAAUGAGAAGGAGGCUCUUGUUGCUCAGGCUGAUGCUGCAUUGGCGAUCCAGAAGGCUGCUUUGACUAAAGACUCUCGUGUGGCUGAGGUUGAAGCAACCAAGGCUGUUGCUUUGAGGGAAGCUGAGCUUCAGACCAAAGUAGAGAAAAUGAAUGCGUUGACCCGGACAGAGAUGCUUAAAGCCGAGUUCCUGAGUAAAGCCAGUGUUGAGUAUGAAACUAAGGUACAAGAAGCAAACUGGGAGUUAUACAACAAGCAAAAGCAAGCAGAAGCUGUUCUCUACGAGAAGCAGAAGCAAGCAGAGGCUUUGAAAGCUGCAGCAGAUGCCACCUUCUACUCGAAACAGAGAGAUGCAGAGGGAAUCGUUGCCAUGGCCACUGCUCAGGGGACUUAUCUCAAGACUCUGCUAAACGCAGUCAACAAUGAUUACUCAGCCAUGAGGGACUUCUUGAUGGUCAACAAUGGGGUUUACCAGGAUAUCGCCAAGACCAAUGCGAUUGCGAUCAAGGACCUGCAGCCUAAGAUCAGUGUGUGGAAUCAUGGUGGUGCAGAUCAGGGGAUGAAUGGUGGUGGCAAUGGUAAUUCUAUGAAGGACAUUGCUGGACUCUACAAGAUGUUGCCACCGGUUCUUGAUACGGUUUAUGAGCAGACCGGUAUGCAGCCACCGGCUUGGAUUGGUACACUGCGUGGUGCUGAGCCGAAACAAUCACUUCAACAACAGCGAGUGGGUGAAAUUGCGAAGAUGUCGGCGAGAUUGGAGCCCAUAAGUAAAAGCCCAGAAUACGGCCUUGAAAAUGGCGCCAUUGAAGAGAUUUCCUCACACGUGAUGAUCACCUCCUCUCCUUCACUCUCUUCUCUCAAGCUUUCCCGAUUAUCCUCUCGGGAACCAAUUGUCAACGCAGCUUUCCUCGGAAAUAAAUCAAAGGCGUUUCAGUCAUUCCAUCUCCGGCUGCGAAUGGAGGUCGUUUCGAGUACUUCGAAUUCUCUUUCAUGUAUUAGCGUCGGUGAAGACUUUCCAGAAGAGUAUGAGCAGUGGCUUCCGGUCCCUGAUUCAGAGACCCGGAGAAGAGCCGGCGUUUUGCUCCACCCGACGUCGUUUCGAGGUCCUCACGGCAUUGGUGAUCUCGGGGAAGAAGCGUUCCGGUUCAUCGAUUGGCUUCAUUCUACUGGCUGCUCCGUUUGGCAGGAUGGCUUAUUGUUGAAGGAUGAGCUUCCACAACCAAUUGAUGCUGACUGUGUGAACUAUCAAACUGCCAACGAAUUAAAAAGUCCUUUGAUAACUAAGGCGGCAAAGAGGCUUAUUGGUAGCAAUAGUGAACUGAAGAGCAAACUGUUAGAUUUCCGCAACGACCCCUCUAUAUCAUGUUGGCUUGAAGAUGCUGCUUAUUUUGCAGCUAUAGACAAUACGUUGAAUGCAUAUAGUUGGUGUGAGUGGCCUGAACCACUUAAAAACCGUCAUCUUUCAGCCUUGGAAGCUAUAUAUGAAAGCCAAAAGGAUUUUAUAGACUUGUUCAUUGCCAAACAAUUUUUGUUCCAAAGACAGUGGCAGAAAGUUCGUGAGUAUGCACAGCGGAAAGGUGUCGCUAUAAUGGGGGAUAUGCCCAUUUAUGUAGGAUAUCACAGUGCAGAUAACAAGAAAGGCUUCCCCCUUCUAGUUAGCGGCGUUCCUCCUGAUCUCUUCAGUGAAACUGGUCAACUGUGGGGAAGCCCUCUUUACGACUGGAAAGCGAUGGAGAGUGACCAUUAUUCUUGGUGGGUUAACCGAAUACGACGUGCGCAGGACUUGUAUGACGAAUGCAGGAUCGAUCAUUUCAGAGGAUUUGCAGGGUUUUGGGCGGUCCGUUCUGAAGCUAAAGUUGCAACUGUUGGACGAUGGAAGGUAGGACCUGGAAAGUCUUUAUUUGACGCCAUUUCAAGAGGCGUUGGGAAGAUCAAAAUCAUAGCAGAAGAUUUGGGAGUUAUUACUAAAGAUGUAGUUGAGCUGAGGAAAUCUAUCGGAGCACCUGGAAUGGCCGUCCUCCAGUUUGCUUUUGGAGGCGGAGCUGAUAACCCACAUUUACCUCACAACCAUGAAGUAAACCAAGUUGUAUACUCUGGAACGCAUGACAACGACACUAUUCAAGGUUGGUGGGACAAUCUGGACCAAGAAGAAAAGUCUAAGGCAAUGAAAUAUCUGGGAAUAGCUGAAGAAGACGAUAUAUCAUGGUCACUCAUCCAAGCUGCAUUCUCAUCAAUUGCUCAGACGGCAAUCAUACCAAUGCAAGACAUUCUGGGACUUGGAAGCUCUGCCAGGAUGAACACUCCAGCCACUGUGGAGGGGAAUUGGGGUUGGAGGAUUCCGAGUUCAACGAGCUUUGAUCAUCUGAAAACGGAAUCUCUCAGACUCAGAGAUCUACUGUCAUUGUACGGUCGGCUUUGAGGAAAAUCUUCCCACCUUGCAAAUUAAGAGGAAGAGUCUUCUGUUUUUAUGAUCAUUCAUAAAUUCGUAACAUGCCAAAUAAAGGAAAACGAAGCGUAUAUGCUUUUGUUGAAAAUGCUAAUCGAUGGUUAGACUGUGUAUGAUAUCGCAUUUUAGUUAUCACCGUUCCUUAGUAAUUUAUGUUCAUUUAUCGAAAUAAUACACGUUUUAGUUCUCGAAUAAUGCGUUCCACGCCUAAGUAAACAACAUCUGUUUACAUUAGAGAGCGGAAUUUCUAAUCGACUAAUCAUAAACUUGGGUGCAUAAGCUCGGCGGACAAAGAAAAAUUUUCAACAUCUGUUUAUAGACACAACCUUUAACUCGGGUGCAUAAGCUCGGCGGACAAAGAAAAAUUUUCGAAUUGAACUAAUUGUUUGAUGGGUUGAGCCACGCCCUUGCAGUAGUGCAACGCAUGGGCGACUCGUGAAAGCCCAGAUAGCAAGCUAUCUUGGUGGGCUUUCCCCCUUAAAAAAUAGAGUUAAUAUCGUGUGGACCGAUGGCCCACAUAUCAGAUAUUAAACUGAUAAGAACAGAUACUACACUUGAUCUUAGCCAAAAGGCCGA